UCUUUUCUCUAACCGUUUAAUAUUUGUUCAAAACAAUUUUUCCGCUGUUUCAAAUCCACCGCCAAGUAAUGCGUGAGGAAAAAAGAUAAAGGGAAAGAAAAGUGUAUCUAUUGAUUCUUCAGAUGGCUUCCACAUUGCUCCUCGCUGUUGUCUUCGUCUUCGAUCUCGUUGCUUUUGCACUUGCUGUUGCCGCUGAGCAAAGGAGAGCUUCUGCUCGGAUUGCUCAAGAUGCAAAUUCAAGAUAUUGCGUUUAUGAAUCUGAUAUAGCAACCGGAAUGGGUGUGGGUGCACUAUUGUUCCUUCUUGUGAGCCAACUCCUUGUAAUGUUUGCAACCCGUUGCAUGUGUUGUGGGCGAGCCCUGAGCCCUGGUCGUUCAAGGGCCUUAGCCGUCUUCUUAUUCAUUACCUGCUGGGUGACAUUCAUCAUUGCUGAGGCGUGCUUGCUAGCGGGUUCAGUCAGAAAUGCGUAUCACACAAAGUAUAGGGCCGUACUUUCGGCUAACCCUCCUUCAUGUGAGACCUUAAGGAAAGGUGUGUUUGGUGCUGGUGCGGCUUUCGUGGUUUUCACUGGCAUCGUCUCGGAGCUUUAUUAUGUUUUCUACUCCAAAUCUGAUGAAGGUGUCAUCCCUACCAGAGAUACUGGCAUAAGGAUGGGAGCAUUCAACUAAUCAUUCUCACAAAUUUUAUAACUUGUUAGUACUUUUUUUUUAUGUGGGUGUAGAUUGUUUGUCAUGUGGUCUCUUUUGUUAUUGAACGUAGAGUUGAGGAUGUGGUUCAUUUGUGAAGUUAUGUGAUGAUUAAGGUUUUAUUUUUUUUUUUUUGUCUUAAAUUCGGAUCAUAAUAGGUGUAGAUCAGAAGAAAAUAUUUAAAAGAAUUAACGAGGAUUGGAUUUGUGUU